AUUAUACUUUAAAUGUCCUUAGAGAAAAAUCAGCAUGCGGUCUAUGGGCGUCGCUAGGCAUUAAUAACAUCCGGGACCGCUCUCGGCAUAAACAGACAUUGCCAUGGCAACGCCCAACAAGUACUUGAAUAUAUUGUUGUUUUUUCCCCCCUUUACAUAUAACUGCACAUUCAUACAGUUAUCUAAUGUAACUGCACAUUCAUAAGUAAUCUAUUGUAAUCUAAUACAAUUAUCUUAAUCCAAUCAUGUAGCAGCAGCAAAAUGCAUUUUAUAUAUCAUUUAUAUAUACUUAGCGAAAAAAGAAAGGUCCCUUGUUCAGGAGACUGUAUUUUAAAGAUAAUUCUGUAAAAUCCAGAUAAGCUUUACAGAUCUUUAUUGAAAAGGGUUUAAAGAACGUUUUCCAUGCUGGUUCAAUGAACCAUAAACAAUUAUUGCACAUGCACCUGUGGAGCAGUCCUUAAGAUCCAAACAGUUUACAGGUGAUAGGUAAGUAAGAUCACAGUUACAAUAACUUAGGACACUAAAGAGACCUUUCUACUGACUGUGAAAAACACCAGAAGAAAGAUGCCUAAGGUUCCUGUUUACCUGCGUGAACAUGCCAUAGGCCUGCUGCAAUGAGGCAUGAGGACUGCAGAUGUGACCAGAGCAAUAAACUGCAAUGUCUGUAAUGUAAGACGCCUAAGUCUACAGGGAGACAGGAAGGACAGCUGAUCGUCCUUGCAGUGGAAAAUUACAUGUAACCGUGUGUCCCCCCCAGACGUGAUCAAGAACUUGCAAAUGCCUUGGUGGAAGAGUGGAGUAACAUCUCACGGCAAGGACUGACAAAUCUGGUGCAGUCCAUGAGGAUGAGAUGCUCUGUAGUACUUAAAGCAGCUGGUGGCCAGCAGAUACUGACUGUUACUUUUAAUAUUGACCCCCUCCUUUGUUCAGGGACUCAUUAUUCCAUUUAUGUUCGUCAAAUGUCUGUGAAACUUGUUCAGUUUAUGUCUCAGAUGUUGAAUGUUUUUAUGUUAAUACAAAUAUUUACACAUGUUAAGAAAUUUGCUGAAAAAAAAAGCAACUGCAUGUGAGAGGACGUUUCUUAUUCGAUGCAUUUUAUAUAUAUAGUUACUAUACUAAAUUAGUGGAUUAUCACACAGCAUCAAAACAGUGUAAAACUUUUUACUUCAAAUGCAUUUCACUUGGUAAAUACACUCACUUUAUUGUCCACUUUAUUAGGAACACCUGUACACCUGCCAAUAAUGUGGCUGCAGUGCAGUGCACUAAAUCAUGCUGCAGAUGCGGGCCAGCAGCUCCGGGUAAUGUCCAACCAUCAGAAUGGAGGGGGAAAAAAAUGUGAUUUCAGUGAUUUUGAUUUUGGCAAGAUUGUUAUUGCCAGAUGGGCUGGUGGGAGUAUUUCUAUAGCUGCUGAUUUCCUGGGAUUUUCACGCAGAACAGUUUCUAGAGUUUACUCAGAAUGGUGCAAUAAAGAAAAAGCAUCCAGUGAGCCGCAGUUCUGCAUACAGAAACACUCUGUUGAUGGGAGAGGUCAAUAGAGAAUGGCCAGACUGGGUCAAGCUGACAGAAAGGCUACAGUCACUCAGAUAACAACUCUAAAGUUGGGGUGAAUAGAAAAGCUCACCAAAACUGCACAGCUGAAGAUUAGAAAAAUGUAGCCUGGUUUGAUGAAUCCCGAUUUCUGCUGAGGUACACAGAGGGUAAGGUCAGAAUUUGGUACCAACAGCAUGAAUCCAUGGACCCAACCUGCCUUGUGUUAGCAGACCAGGCUGGUGUAGGUGGUGUAAUGGUGGCUCCUUAUGGCUACUUCCAGCAUGAUAAUGCUCCGUGUCACAAAGUAAAAGUCGUCUCAAACUGGUUUCAUGAACAUGACAAAGAGUUCAGUGUUCUUCAGUGGCUUUCCUAAUCACCGGAUCAGAAUCCAGUAGAACCACUUUGGGAUGUGGUAGAAUGGGAGAUUCACAGUAUGAAUUGUGUGAUGCAAUCAUGUCAACACAAACCAGAAUCUCAAAGGAAUGUUUCCAACAUCUUGGGGAAGCCAUUUCACGAAGAACUGAGGCUGUUUUGUGGGAAAAGGGAGGCCCUACCCAGUACUAGCACAGGGUUCCUAAUAAAGUGCUCGGUGGUUGUAAGCUGUAUGUACAUAAACUGUCUCACUCACUUUGUGAAUUAUUAAAUAUACAGUGUUUUAAAUGUUGCAUUUGAGGUAUGGAAAGAGCAAAGUCAGGAUGCACAGUGUUACAUGGACCAAACAUUCUCAGCAUGCUGUGACCUUUAAUCAGCUGGAUUGAGUCGCGCGCGCACGUAGCGCUGAUUUGAAGCUACUUCAGGCGUCGCAGACUUUCAAUAAGCUGCUGUCAUUAAACAGCGGUUAUUUUAAACAUACCUUGAUAAUUGUACAGCAACACGGAAGCAUGAAGCCGAACAUUUGGAAUGUAAAGGAUAUUUUGAACGUCCCAAUGAACUCUGUGGGUGCAAGACCAGGUAAGGGAGGUGCCACCAGUGACUACUCGAGUCUGCCUGACUCUCAGUUUCUGUUUGGAUCUCAAACCUGGCCUGAAAAUUCUCAAAGCUUUUCCCAGGAGAUAAGUGGACAGUCCAGAGGCUCUCAUCAGGCCUCACAGGAGAUAUAUGAAACGAAGGUGUCAACCAACUAUCACUCCAAGCCUGUACUGUUUUGUGAUAGCAAAGUAACCAACAUUUCGGGUGGUAGAGCCAUGGGUAUUUUAGAGAGAUUUGAAGAGGAGAAGAGAAAAGCUAAAGAGAUUGAAAUUCUCGUUGGAGUCCGGCAGUUGCAUGAAAGCCUGGAAAAUAUCAAAAAGACUUUUCUGAACUGUAUUGAUGGAAGUUGUCACAUAACCAGAGCAGCAGUGGCUGAAGGAAUGGAUCAUUUCAGAAAAACAAUUCAGGAUCAUUUUGCCACCAUAAAGGAAAACAUAGCAAGUCAGACUGAACUGCUGAUGAGCCAAACGCGUAAAGAGAUGGACAAUGAGACUAAGACAUCAUUAGCUCUGAAAGACUUGAGCUCACUUGUGCUCAGCCUCCAGCGGGACUUGGAAUUACUGAAAGUGGAACAAAGCAAGGCGCAGCGUCUGCUUGGAGAGAUUUUGUCUCUGUUUGGCACAAUAACGACUGCUCGCUCCACUGGAGCUCAUCACGGCGCUGUCCGAAUGAUUGACAACACUGUUCAGACAUCACCUGGUUUGGUAGCGCAGUUCUGUGUUGUUUCAGAAGAAAAGAGUUAUUAUGAAGGUCUGAAGCUGUGCACUGAAGCAUUUAAUUACUCAGAGGGAAGAGUAGACCAGAGUAUUUGUCCUGUUAAAAAAACAUCUCCAGAGAAACCUAACAGAGGAGCAUCUUUCCGGGCCAUAGGCACUCGGCAUUUUGAGAAGCAACGGCACAUAGGAACGGAGAGGACUGACCCUAAUGGCUGGCAAAAGUCUUACCAUCUGCACUCAGUUACAACCAAUUCUCCAAGCCCAGUGGCUUCCAGCACUGUCACUGCUCUUGUACAGGAUCCUAAGAAGAAUUACAUGGUUGGAAGCCCUGUACAUGUAGAACCAGUAAAGUCUUUGAACGAUACGAAUAAGAGCAAAUCAGCAACCUGGAUUGAGGUGCCCAGAGAGAAAAAAGUGCCUAAGCGAGCACAGAGAUAUCAGACCUUCAAGAAAAAGAAGAGAGCUUUGAUUCUGCCACAGAGACGCCCUAAUCAAGGGAUGGCUUUGAAUAAUACGUUUGAGGAUAGUCCACAUGAUGAAGACCAAGAAAACAGGGGGUCUCAGUCAGCGGUCAGUGCCUAUCAGAAAACCAGCAAAGCUGUUUCAGGGAACCGUUUACCACUACAGCAGCAAAGCACAACUGGACUGAUGAAUAUGAGUGAAUGUGGACAGCACCUGAAUCCUUGGUCCUGGUCCCAGAGCAGCAACAGUUCGCAGGUGACUGUGGAAUACCAGCGAGCUGAAUGGGAGACAGUGAAGCCUGAGCAAAAAGCCAAUACUAUACAGAGACCGAGAGUUACUUGGCAGCUCUUUGACUUCAUCAGUGACUCUGAUUAAUUUGAUGCGAGUUACACGAGAGAUCGUUUUAAGACACAAAGCAAAUUUUUUUUGGACUAGGACUUGGAUCAGAAUGUUUUUGUUGUUUCUCUGUAAAACACUGGCAAAGUUUGAGUUCUUUGUAGUUCUCCAGUGCAUUUCUUCUGCUUCCCAUGCACACGCAGGCAUGUUUACUGUUGCCUUACAUAACAGCAAAAAUGAUUUCUUACUAAUUAGAACUUAUUUCCUACAUGAUUUUCGAAAUAUUUUGGUUUCUGACCUUUUUUGUUUUGUAUUGCUAUGGAUGUACAAACAUGGCUACAGUAAUAUUUAGACAACUAAGUCACAGUGUCGGAUGUGCAACAGAACAUACGGUGCAUAAAAUAUUGUUACAAAGAAAGCAUCUCUGUAAUACAGCUG